CUCCCCCCACCUCCUUGAUGUUUGCAAUUUCUUUUCGCUGGGACGUAAUCACGUCAUGCCGUAACUGGGGAGCCGCACAACCGCAUUGUUGUUGGCGAAAAGAAACCAGGGGCUGCUAGCUACUGAUCGUUAGCAAGUCGCAAAAGGACAUUAGUAUUUGGUGGCUCUUCAGAAAUAUUUAUGUUUGUAAUAGAAUCGAAUUUGGAAUUUAGACCGUCGUCGUUUAAAUUUAUAAUUCAAAGCUGCUCGAGCGGUGCCCGUUGGAUGAGAGAAUUGUGUGUGGAUUUACUGCUGCUGCUCUGCAGGCCACAUCGCCAUUGCUUGCAAGCGCUGCUGUUUUCAAAAGCGGAAUUACUGAAAAUACAAAGCAUUUUUUUAGGUCUUCAUGAUGAAGAAAAAAGUACGGCAUUAUAAUCGCAUGUCCACGCCCCAGAGGCCCCCCUCUCCCAUCAAACCUUCACCGAACAAGGAGACCCUGACAUACGCCCAGGCCCAGCGCAUGGUGGACCUAGAGAUAGAUGGCCGCGUGCACAGGAUCAGCAUCUAUGACAAGCUGGAUGUCAUCGCUGACGAUGAUCCCACGGCCCAAGAGAUCAUGGAGUGCAACAGCAACAAGGAGAACAACGAGAAGCCCCAGCUAGUGCUGGUGCGCUCGGUGAGGCUCAAAAACAACCAGCAGAAGAAGAGCGCCGCCCUCACCACCACGCAUGGGGCUGCCCCGCAAGGGAGUGCCCUCCUGGAACCCAAGUUCCGCGCAGUGGAGUACAACCUUCCCGCGGUGCCUCGGCGGCCCUCCAUAUAUUAUAAGUAUUCUGAGAAGACUGCCGAAGAGCUGGAUGAGGAAGUGGAGUACGACAUGGAUGAGGAGGACUACGCUUGGCUGGAUCUUCUCAAUGAGAAGAGGAAAAGUGAGGGCGUCAGUCAGGUGUCCCAGAACCUCUUUGAGUUCCUUAUGGACCGCUUUGAGAAGGAGUCCUUCUUUGCCAGCCAGGGUCGGAGUGACCCGCAGACCCUCAUCGAUGAGGAUGCUGUGUGCUGCAUCUGCAUGGAUGGAGACGGACAGGACAGCAACGUCAUCCUCUUCUGUGACUCAUGCAACAUUGCCGUGCACCAGGAGUGCUACGGUGUUCCCUACAUCCCUGAGGGCCAGUGGCUGUGUCGCCACUGCCUCCAGUGCCCCUCACGGCCCGCUGAGUGUGUGUUCUGCCCCAACAAAGGCGGUGCCCUGAAGAAGACUGAUGAUGACCGCUGGGGCCACGUGGUGUGUGCCCUGUGGGUGCCAGAAGUGGGCUUCUCCGACACAGUCUUUAUCGAGCCCAUCGACGGUGUCAGCAAUAUUCCGCCCGCCCGUUGGAAACUCACCUGCUACCUCUGCAAGGAGAAGGGCGCCGGGGCCUGCAUCCAGUGUCACAAGGUUAACUGUUACACAGCCUUCCAUGUCAGCUGUGCCCAAAAGGCCGGCCUCCACAUGAAAAUGGAGCCUGUCAAAGAAGUCACAGAUACGGGGUCGCCCACUUUCUCUGUGAAGAAAACAGCCUUCUGCUGUGCUCACACUCCUAAAGGGUGCACCCGGAGACCCCUUGCUAUCUACAAGGAAGGCCAUGCUAAAAACGGUGUCUGUCACAAGAGGGGUGACAAAAGAGGGAUGACGAGGUUAAAAGGGUGGCAGAAGAAGAAGAGCAAGAGAAUAGUGGUGGUGCCUGAGGAAGAGGCUCCAGCUGUGCCUGGGCCUAGUAUAACCCCCAGCAGUUUCGACACGAUCCUCAAUCAAGUGUCUGUCCAGAAGAAGAAGGUGUUUGUGGAGCGGGUCCUGAGCUACUGGAUGCUGAAGAGACAGUCGAGGAACGGCGUGCCACUGAUCAGGCGGCUACAGGCCAACCCUCAACCCCCUAAACCAGAGCAGCCGGAUCGCAGGGUGGAGGAUAAUCGAGUGAUGAAGGAGCAGCUAAAGGAAUGGCACCGCCUACGCCACGACCUGGAGCGAGCUCGCCUACUGCUCGAAAUGAUCAGGAAGAGGGAGAAGAUAAAGAGAGAGGAGAUGAAGCUCCAACAGUCUGUUCUAGAGGUACAGCUCACACCCUUCAACAUUCUACUACGAGCUGUCCUGGACCAGCUUCAGGAGAAGGACCAGGCCAAGAUCUUUGCCCAGCCUGUCAACGUUAAAGAGGUGCCUGACUACUUGGAUCACAUCAAGAACCCAAUGGACUUCUCCACCAUGAGGAAGCGCAUUGAGGCCCACGGCUACAAGAGCCUGGUGGAGUUUGAGGCCGACUUCAACCAGAUCAUAUUCAACUGCAUGAAGUACAACGCCAAGGACACGUUCUUCCACAAGGCCGGUCUGCGUCUACAAGACCAAGGCGAGGCCAUCCUCAGGAAGACUCGUCGGUAUGCAGAGCGAAUCGGCUUUGACUUUGUCAGCGGGAUGCACCUCCCUGAGCCGCCCAAGGUGGAGGCUCUUCCCCCUUUCUCCUGGGACGAUGUGGACCGGAUACUAAACCCAGCCAACCGCCAGCACAUGUCUUUGGAGGAGCAACUUAAAGAGCUGCUGGAGAAGCUGGACCUGAGCAGUGCCAUGAAGUCUAGUCCGUCUCGCAGCAAGCGACUGAAGCUGCUCAAAAAGACCAUCACAGAUGUUCGCAGCGAGAUAUACCUAAAGACGAGGCACCCCGCUUCCUCUGAACCGAAACCAGCAGAUACUGAGGAUAAACCGCUGCCUCCCACUGGACACAGCACACAGGAAGAAGGAGGCAAGUCUUUGCCCCCACCAAAACUAGAGCCGUUGAACUCCUUGCCGCCGCUUGUCAACUCAGAUAGUCAUUCAGAACCUCCCAUGCUCAAGCCCAUCAAAUCCAAUGCAGACAAGAGCCAGAAGACCUCCAAGUGCAACGGUGUCAAGACCGCUACCUCUGUACCCCAGGAACCCAUCAACGGGCACAUCUGUAACCCGCUGUUCCCAGUCAGUGACCUCAGUUUCGUGGCCACCUCUAUGCUCGCAGAGCCCUCUGGCACGGGCAACAGGCGGACCAAUGUGCUCUUAUGCAAGUCCAAGAGUGCUAGCCUGCAGAAGCCCCCAAGGACAGCAGAGCACUUGCCCGGCUCCCCGCCGCUGGGGGCCAAAACCUUCCUCUCUGUUGUCAUUCCUCGCCUUGAGACCCUCCUUUUACCCAGGAAGAGGACCCACAGCUCCAGUGGAGACUGUGACGAAGAUGAGGAGGAAUCGCCCAUCAAGCGCCUUGACACAGGACUAGCUAAUGGCUUUGUUGUUGAGCCAGAGAGCGAGGCUAGCCCCAGUAGGCCGCUGGAGCCUCGCCGACGCUGUGCCUCUGAGUCCAGCAUCUCCUCAAGCGGCAGCGUGCUGUGUAGCACAAGCACGGUCAGAGUGCCAAAAAACGGAAAAGGCAGGCCAUCCAUGGCACGCAGGAGCACAGUGGACGACAAAAACGCUCUCAUCACCUGUAUCGAAAAUGGGGACUUUACCAAAGCCGCUAAGAUUGCAGCAGAAGUUGGCAACGGAAAUAUUUGGAUGCCUGCUAGUGCUGCAACAUAUGUACUGGAACCCCUUAAACUAGUUUGGGCAAAAUGUAGUGGAUAUCCCUCCUACCCCGCCUUGAUCAUAGACCACAAGAUGCCGAGGGCGGGGUGUCACCACAACGGGGUCUCUCUCCCUCUACCCCCUCUGGACGUCCUCAGGGUCGGCGAGCAGAUGCAGUACAGGUCCGAAGAGAAACUCUUCCUCGUCCACUUCUUCGACAACAAGCGCAGCUGGCAAUGGCUUCCUAGAGCCAAGAUGGUUCCCUUUGGUAUCAAUAAGACUGUGGACAAGAUCAAACUGAUGGAGGGCUGCUCCUCUGGCAUCCGUAAAGCAGUGCAGACCGCCUUUCAUCGCGCUGUGAGCCACCUGAGCCAGGUCAAGGACAAGCCUAGCAGCAAGCCCUGCAAUGUGGACUAAACCUGCUCAUGCAUCCCCCUCACCUCUAGGUGGAGCCCUUCUUCAACUCUCCUUAGUUUACUUGAUAUUCCACAGCAGUCCCAGUAUUCCUCUAACACACACACCCUCUCUUCGUGUUUACUGUGUACUGGGGUAGAAUCUAAAGCCCUCAAGUAAGUAGCCCUACGGUCUCUUGGUGCAGGUUUCCAUUCCACCUCGUCUUGAUUAUAUCAACUGAGCUGCUCAUGGGUAAAUGGUAUGUGUAUGACACCACUACACGCAUGCUCCCUUUUAAUCUAUUCCAUUCUAAAAACUGUAGCUGGCAACAUGUAAUAUCCACAUGAAUCAAUGAGCUAUGCAACUGAACUCAAGCGAUUUGGGUUGGCGUGUGCAAAAAACCUUAAUACAGAGUCCUAGAACUGACUCACGAAAAUCACUGGCCUAACCUGAUGAAUGUUGAAUUUCUGUCCUGUAAUAUGCUGCACCUUUCACUGCUGCAACUUUCACUUCCAUCAUGAUUCUCACCCUCACUCUCAUUUCCUCUCUGCAGUUGCCCUGUAUUUAACCCUGUAAAUACCUGUACAAGGCGUGACACUAAUUUAUUCUGUUUUCAGUUAUUGGUACUGCGUGUUCACUUUCUUGCUAUUUAUGCUGUAGGGGUGAUUCAUGUCAGCACUAUGGUGCUUAUUAAAUAUUUGCUGGUGCUACAACCUGUGCAAGUCUUGGCUACAACUGAGACUCAUCCAGGGCAAAACAUAUAUAUAUACUGUAUCGAUUGAACGUUUGUUUUUAUUUCGGCUACUUUUUUUUUAAUGGUUUCUUAUUAAGUUAUUGAAGUUUUAUGGACAAGCUUCUCUCUACAUUAUUGUGGUUUUUAAAUACAAUAAUGUUUUUAUGGGAAUUAGUGUGUUUUGUUGUUUUGUUUGUACAUAUUUAUAGAAAUCUAUAUAAUUGUAUACAUAAGAUGCUUUCAAUGUUUAAAACCAGAAAGUGCAUCAUUCACACAAAACCAAAAAUUUGCUGCCCAGAUUUGAUUCAUUUUAUUUUUUAUUUUUUUUACAGUUUUUGGUGUGUGUGUGUGUGUGUGUGUGUGUGUGUGUGUGAAAGAGAGAGAGAUAUGUGAAUAACCUGUAAAAACGUUGUCUUUGUUCACAAUGGUUUUGACUGUGUUACAGGGACCUAUACCAUGACCAUAGGUGAAUGUGCCUGUACUAAUUUAUUGUAAAGGAGAAAUGUAUAUGCAUUACUUUAUAUAGAAAGAAUUGUAAGAGAUGCAAUUGUCUCACUAGGAGCCAACUGUGUAAAGGCCAUUUUUGCAUAUUGUUUGUUUUAAUCAGAGGCAUUAAUCUUAAAGGUGGGUGUAAUAGAAUCCAUUACGUUUUAUUCAGUUAGGAGGAUCUGGGGUAGCAGUGGGUAGAUUUGUUUUUUUCAAAAUCCAUUUUUGUAUGGAUGUUCUGUAAAUAGACUUGAUCCUGGUCUUAUUCUCUGGGAAAACCACAUUAUAGCCAAUGGGAGUGGAUGCUGGCAAAGUCCAGUAUGUUUUUAUAUAAAAACACUGAAAAUAAAAUAAAAAUGUUAUUGAAUCACUGA